GGGGGGGGAGAGGGAAGGAAAGAGAGGAGGGGGAGAUGUGAGAUUGGGGCAAAGAAACGCUGCCUUGGCCUCAGUCGACACUAGCUUGGUCGAGAAUAAGGACCUAAGAACGUCUCGCUGAAUUUUACGAAACAGAAAACUUCCUCAUAAGAUGCUCUUGAAGAUCGUGUGUGCUGUGCUACUGGUCGUCGCCUGUGCCUUGGGAGAUGAGACUGGAGAGACUGAGCUAAGAGCAUUCAUUAACGAGAACUAUGACAAGGCGGCGCUACCAGGAUCCAAUGUUACGGUUGAAAUCACUACUUUUAAACUAUUGAGCUUUGAUGUGCACGAGGAUACGCACACAAUGGAAGUACACAGCUGGAUUGGUUUCAGCUGGCACGAUCAACGCCUGCAGUGGAAACCCGAAGACUACGGAGGAGUUUCCAGGCUGGGAAUGGACGCUAGCGAAGUGUGGAGACCGGACUUAGCCAUAUACAAUGGUGUUGCCAACGAACACAUGCCCGAAUCGAACAUGCCGUUGGUAGUGAUGCCAGACGGGAAAAUCAUACACAUUCCUUCACUAAACCUCAAGUUCUACUGCCUCGUGGACCUUACUUACUGGCCCCACGACGCCCACGAGUGCGUGAUCAAGUUCGGGUCGUGGGUGCAUCAUGGGCACUUGAUUAAUCUUGUUGCUAAUAGUACAUCGUUGGAGGUUACCCUCAACACGCGCACUCUGGCCAGCGGCAAGGACAUCACAAAAUCAGAGUGGAAGAUCUCAGACCUGGCGAUAAAGCGAGAAUCCACAGUGUAUCAAUGCUGCCCUGAGCCUUAUGUCAGCGUCACCAUCUCCUUACUUACCACGAGAGAUGCUCCGGCGUUCGCGUGGGUCGUCAAGACACCUGUGAUAUGCAUGAGCCUCCUGACGCUGGUGGUGUUCCUGCUCCCUCCUGCCGCAGGGGAGAAGAUCGUCUUCGGGGGCCUUUGCCUCAUCCUCAACAUCCUCUUCCUCGACUACUCGGCCAACGUCAUAGGACACGCCCCCUCGCACACGCCCCUCAUCAUCCAGCUCGUAUGCCAGCAGAUGGUGUUGGUGAUGAUUAGUGUGGUGUUGUCAGCCAUGGUGAUGAGAAUGGCACGCGGACCUCAUUCUACUGGCCUGCCGACCUUCCUAAAGCGGCCUGUGCUCCUCCUGGGGUCCUGCUUGUGUUUGGGCAACUACAGGCAGAUCGUGUUCAAAAACAGCGACAGUUUCGCCGGCUCGCGCAAGCCCGACGAGCUGGAGCUGGGCGAGGACGGGAGCUCUGAGAUCCGCCGUCGGGAGAGCGGCGACGCCUGCGAGUGGCUCCUCCUCGCCGCCGUCGUCGACCGCUUGGCCCUCCUGCUCUACGCCGCCGUCUGCGUCAUCAGCCUCAUCCGCUUCAGCAGCGUCUUGUAGGGGCAUUGGGAGAGAAAAGCGUCCUUUGAAAAAAAAAAAAGAGAAAAGAUAAAAAAAUGAGUUAUUAUUGUCAUGAAUGUUUUCUUUUUUUUCUUUUUUUGUUAUUCUAUUUUAUUUCUUUUAUUAUCAUUUAUUUAUUUAAUUAUUAUUUAUCAUUGUUAUAUAGUUUUUUUUUUUCUUUUUUUUGGCAAAGAGACGCUCUCAUGGGUGGUUGAUCGGUUGCAUCGUUUAGGAUCUUUACAAGGUUUAUAGAUUUUGGAAACCUUGGAAACGCUGAAUAUAGUUUGUUUUUCUUAUUGUUUUAAAGAAGAGCUAGAUUUUUUUUUUUUUUUUUUUUUUUUGGGGGGGGGGGUUAAGAAAAAAAAGGAAGGACCGGUCAGGGGAUGUAUUUGAAAAAUGAAAAUGAAUAUGGAAAUGUUUCCUUAAAAUGAGAAUAUGUAUGGAAAUGCAAUAUUCGUUAAAGCUCAAGACAUUAUUAAAAUAACUUUUUUGUAUUUACACGUUUUAUUUACAUUUUCUUAUACAUCUUGCGAAUUCUUAUGACAAAUCUCUGUAACUAUAAUAGCGUUAAAUUAUUCAAAUAAGAAGCUGUAAUAUCAACUGUACAAUACUUUUCUUAACAAAAAAGAUAAUGAUAACGUGGCAGAUUCACAAAUAUUUUUGUCAAUGUUUGCUAUAUUAAGAAACACUUUAUUUUUACCUACCUACAAUUUUAUGUUUUUAAAUGAUACUGACUAAUGGAGCGAAAUGCAUGCCAGAAAUAG